GAAUCUUCUUAAAAUUAAUUUUAUUUAUUCAUGUGGUUCUUUUAAGCCCCUAGAUUACUUCAAUGACCUGAAAAUUAUAAUAUGCAUAUUUGGCCAAUUAACAAAAUAAAAUCUAUAGAAGGAAAAAAAAAGAUAAAAAAAAUCCUAGAAUUAAGAUCCUAAUCUUCCUCCACAUUUUUCUGUCUUCUAAUUUCUCUAUCGUUGAAACGUUAUUCAUCAUUGAUAUAAUCCAUAUUUCCAUAUACAUACACAAACAUUGAUUUCCACCUUUCCUCUCUCUGUCUCUGUAUAUAUGUAUAUCUAUAUAUAUAUAUAUAUAUAUAUCUCCGGCGACCAAUGUCCGACGAAGAAACCUCCAACGUCGACGUCGUCGAACACACCACCACCACAAUAUCAGAACCAGAACCACAACCCACCACCACGACCAUAUCAGAACCAGCUGAACCAACCACAACUCCACCAUCUCCACCGGAAACCACCACCACAACCACCGGCAUCUCUGAAGAAUCCCUUUCCAAGUUCCAAUCUUCCAUCCAAUCUCUCUCCUCCAUCAUCCCUUCAAUCCCUCCCUCAAUCACAUUCACCACCACAAACAAGAACAGCAACCACCACCCAGCUCUUUCUCUCCUCCACGACCCACAAACAUCCUCCGAAAUAUCCUCCCUCCUCCGCCAACCCAACUCCGGCGCCGGCGACAACAACCUCUGCCGGUGGCUCUACGACACCUUCCAAUCCAACGACCCUUCCCUCCAGCUCGUCGUCCUCCGCUUCAUCCCAACCAUCGCCGGUCUCUACCUCUCCCGCAUCCCUCUGCGCAAACCCCUCGCCGGGUUCGAAGCCGUUCUCUUAGCACUCUACGCCCACGAGACCACCUCACGUGCGGGUCAACCCGUGACGGUCAACGUCCCGGAUUUGUCGCACCCGAGUCUGUACCACGAGUCCGUGGCGCCGAACAAAAACAACGCCACGGCGCUGAAUCUGGCGGUGAUAUCUCCGAGCUUGGAGCCGCACGGGACGGUGAGGUCGACGAGGAGGGCGAGGAUCGUGGGAGUGGCGCUGGAGCUGUAUUACAGCAAGAUUCACCAAAUGCCUGUUUCUUCCAAGAUGGAAUUCUGCGAGUUUUGCAAGGUUUGGGCCGGAAAAGAAGACCACGACGAGGACGAAACAGACAAGACGAUGAAGAAGAAGGAGGGAAGGAUUCCUCUGCCAUGGGAGUUGCUGCAGCCGGUGAUGCGGAUACUGGGACACUGCAUGAUGGGUUGUGGUGUAAAAGAGAAGGAGCUUUUGGAAGCUGCCAUGGGAGCUUGUAAGAGCUUGUAUGGAAGGUCUUUGCAUGAUAUCAAUGCUAAAGGGAUUUUGGCAACUGAGAGUCUUAUUAGGUUAGGGAAGAUGGCUUUGGAAUCUAAGGAUAUUGUUGUCGUUGAUCAUACUGAGAUUUCUAUCUCCAAUGUCAUUUCCAUUUAGCGUCAUUAUUUUAUUUAUUUAUUUAUUUUUUCUUGGGUUAGGAUCAAUUUUCAGAUCCUAAUUGUUAUCCAUUAUUUUUAUUUGACUUCAUUUCUAAAUUUUGGUAUCUAGUUAUUUUGCAGAA